GCUGACAAAUGGAAACCUAUCACACUCGAUAUAAAGAUGUUGAUCAAGAAGCAGAAACACAGUUAUCCCAUCUUCUUCGCGCGAAUCCGAUUCCACUGAAUUAUCAAUUGAUUGAGUUCGACAUGGCCGACAAAAGUUUCCGCACAUACAAUGCCUCUCGCUGGCAACAGCGCAUCGCGACUAUAUCCACAACUGAGCAAGGAGAGCAAGUCCGUCUCAACUACAUCAACUGCAGUUCACCUAGCGAAGCAGGCCUGAAAGGAACUAUUCUGUUAAUCCACGGCUUCCCACAAACGUCUUACCAAUUCCGCCACGUGAUCACGCCCCUCUCCGAUGCUGGGUACCGCGUUAUCGCACCCGAUUAUCGCGGAGCUGGAAAAUCAUCCAAACCUGUGCUAGGAUACGAAAAGUCGCAAAUGGCUCAGGAUAUCCAUCUUCUGAUCCAGUCGCACCUCAGCAUCAAAGACAAGAUCCACGUGGUGGGCCACGACAUUGGCGGCAUGGUAGCUUUCGCGUACGCUUCGCAAUACCCAGACGAUGUAGCGAGCGUUAUUUGGGGCGAAUGUCCUUUGCCUGGAUCGAGCUUCUACGAAGAUAUCAAGGGAACACCCGGCGUUUUUCACUUUGUUUUUCACCAGGUUCCUGAUCUGCCAGAGGCUCUCAUCGCGGGGAGGGAGAAGAUUUAUCUUCAACACUUCUUCGAUAAGUUGCUAUACAAUACCGCGGCCAUUACUUCUGAGGAUCUGGAGCAAUAUACGGUGGCUUAUGCGCAGCCUGGAGCAAUCAGUGCGGGAAUCAAUGUGUAUAGGGCUUUUGCGAAGGAUGCAGAGGAAAACAAGAAAUGGCUGAAGGAUAACGGAAAACUGAAUGUGCCGGCUAUGGGAAUGGUUGGCAAGGAGUCGUUCUUAGCAGCUUCAACAGAGAGUAUGUUGAAGGAGGUGCAUGAAGAGCAACAGGUGGAGACGUUUCUAGUUGAGGAGGCUAGCCAUUAUAUAGCGGAAGAAAAUCCCGAGUCAUUUGUCAAGGGUGUUCUGGGGUUUGUGAGGAAGCAUUAG